CGGAAGCGUCGAGAACCGUCUGAUGGCGCCAUGGGUAACGCGCCGCUGCCGGCGGGAGUGCUGGAACCUGGAAGUGGCAUCGUCUUCACGGUGCACGGGACCAAGUACUUGGCCAUGGUUACGGCCGUUUGCCCCGAAGAGAUAGACCCAUGGUAUGGCGUGCCGCACUAUCUCCGCUACAUCAGCGGGCAGUGCGCGCGCGAGUGGGUCUGGCUGGACGUGAGUUCAAAGAUGCUGACGCUCAGGCCCGGGCGGUUCCGCUGUACUUUUCAGAUGGAGAGCACUGGGUUGUGGCGUGGGGAAGCCGAGGCAGUUUCGAGGCAG